AUGACCACCAACCUUUCUAGUGGCCGUCCGGUAAAAGUGAAACUGACUGUCACCACCAACGGGCCCGGGUCAACUCUUCGCAACAAAGUACAGAUAGUUGUGAGCCUACUCAACUUGCGCGACACAACGAAGAAGAAAGUCGAAGCCAGAAAGGCCCUCGAAGGAGCUGCCAACAAAGCCGAUGAUGACGGGGACAAGAAUGGAGAUGGGGAUGAUGAACCAGAUACCAAACUUGCCCCCCUCCACUCUUCCGAUGCCUCCUUGUCCGUCGACACGUCCCUUUACGACGACCAGGCCAUUGUUCCAUUGGAUCAACCAGUAGUGGAAUUCAUUUUCGAUUUGGACACCCAGGCCUCGUUCGAUAGGAUCUCGCAAGUGACCGGCAGCCUGGCACUUGACUCUUCCGACUUGGAUGAUACCUAUGAUUCGGAGUCUGUGGAAAAGGCACGUCUCCUUUGGUACUUUGCCAGAUAUGUCGUGUUCAUGAUCACGGUGCUGGGUCGAGCAGCCGAUCAGGAGUUUCAUCCCCAAUUGAGCGAUUGA